UGGGAGUCUUGGCAGGUGAACUUCUCUACUCACUCAGAAGUGAGUGAGUAACCUGAGAGGUUCUGUUGCUUGCAUCCGUUAUCCACUACUAUCCGGCAACUCAAAAGUCAGGGAUCAACACCAUGGAAUGCAUCUACAAGGACCCAAAUGCCCCCAUUGAAGCCAGGGUCAAGGACCUGCUCUCUCGGAUGACCCUUCUUGAGAAGAUCGGCCAAAUGACCCAGAUCGAGCGCAGCGUUGCCACUCCUGCCGCCAUUAAAGACCGCUUCAUAGGGAGUAUACUGAGCGGGGGUGGUAGCAAGCCUUUUGAGAAUGCAAAAUCAGCCGACUGGGCUGACAUGAUCGACGGCUUCCAGAAGGCGGCUCUGGAAACCCGCCUCGGCAGUCCCAUUAUCUACGGAACCGAUGCAGUUCAUGGCAACAACAAUGUCUAUGGAACUACCAUUUUCCCUCAUAACAUUGGCCUUGGAGCCACUAGAGAUGCUGAUUUGGUUAGGAAGAUCGGGGAGGUAACAGCUCUUGAAGUUAGGGCAGGAGGAGCCCAUUAUGCAUUUGCUCCUUGUGUUGCUGUUAGCAGGGACCCUAGAUGGGGAAGAUGCUAUGAGAGUUAUAGCGAAAACACCGAAAUUGUCAGAAAAAUGACCUCCCUUGUUACAGGAUUGCAGGGACAGCCCCCUGAAGGGCAUCCCAUAGGCUACCCAUUUCUGGCUGGAAGAAAAAAUGUUCUUGCAUCUGCAAAGCAUUUUGUAGGAGAUGGGGGUACUGAGAAUGGUACAAAUGAGGGGAAUACUAUAGCAUCCUAUGAUGAUUUGGAGAGAAUCCACAUGGCACCAUAUCUUGAUUGUCUUGCUCAAGGAGUUUGCACUGUGAUGGCAUCAUACUCUAGUUGGAAUGGCAAGCGAAUGCACACCAACGAUUUUCUUCUUACUGAAGUUCUGAAAAAUAAGCUGGGAUUCAAGGGGUUCGUGAUUUCAGACUGGGAGGCAUUGGACCGGCUUUAUGUCCCUCAUGGUUCAAAUUACCGAGAAAGCAUCCUCUCCACUGUAAAUGCUGGAAUUGAUAUGGUAAUGGUUCCUUUUAGAUUCGAAUUGUUUCUGGAUGAGUUUCUGUCUCUUGUUGAGUCUGGAGAGAUAUCAAUGGCCCGGAUUGAUGAUGCUGUUGAGAGAAUCCUGAGAGUCAAAUUCAUUGCUGGAGUUUUUGAGGAUCCCCUGAGUGAUAGAUCUUUACUAGAUCUAGUUGGUUGUAAGGCACAUAGAGAAUUAGCACGUGAAGCUGUUCGCAAGUCCUUGGUUUUGUUAAAGAAUGGAAAAGAUCCAAAGAGACCUUUGCUCCCUCUAGACAAGAAGGCCAAAAGAAUUCUUGUUGCUGGAACACAUGCUGAUAAUCUUGGAUAUCAAUGUGGCGGGUGGACAAUUACCUGGGAAGGGACAACUGGCAGAAUCACUGAGGGUACAACUAUUUUGGAAGCAAUAAAAGAAGUGAUGGACGACAAGACAGAAGUGAUAUACGAACUAAAUCCUACUCCAGAAACAUUUUCUGGUCAAGAUUUCUCCUUUGCCAUUGUAGCUGUGGGUGAAGGUCCAUAUGUUGAGACAGGUGGUGAUGAUCCAGAACUCAAAAUUCCUUUUAAUGGAAGUGAGUUGGCGAGCUUAGUCGCUGAUAGAGUUCCAACAUUAAUGAUUCUGGUUACUGGACGGCCUUUGAUUUUAGAGCCAUCACUUCUGGAAAAAUUGGAUGGCCUGGUUGUUGCUUGGUUGCCUGGAACAGAAGGCAAGGGAAUCACAGAUGUUAUCUUUGGAGAUUAUGCAUUUCAUGGACGACUUCCCAUGACAUGGUUUAGAAGCGUUGAUCAGCUUCCAGUACACGCCGGUGAGAAUUCAUCUGACCCUCUGUUCCCGUAUGGCUUCGGGUUGACAUGUUAAAGGCCGGGAAUACGAACUGAUACACUCGAAAUUUGUCAAUGCCAAUGGACAUAAUUUAAACUAACUAAAGGAUGUGGCUGUUCAAAACUUUCAUGUUAUGAUUUCAGAGUUGCAUUCUAGCCGGCCAAUGGACUUGGCUAACGAGAAACUUUGUUAUGGGUCUUAUAUUUCUUGUUCUUGUAGUCUCUACAUGAUUAUCCAUAUGCUUGUGGUGAGUCGUAUCAGGUACUUUUCUCCAAGCGAAGUCAUCAACUUGGCCAAGUAGAGAGUUUAUUAUGUCUCUUAAAUAAAUUGUUGUGCUUAUAGUC